AUGUUCAACGACGAUAUAAAAAAUAUUUAUAUAAAAAAUCACAUCAAGAAAAUAUAUAUUGUAAAAAGACACAAUGAAAAUAUCAAUACCGAAGAAAAGAAGAGCAGUGUUCUUUACAAAAAAUUUGAUGAUUUUAUAUCUAUCCUAGUAAACAUAAGAAAACAUGACAAUCUUUUAAAAAAAAUAAAAGCCAAUAUAAAUGAUUCAGAAUCUUCUAAAAUAUUAUUGGAUUAUCUAGAUUUUUAUCUCAACAACUUUGGUUAUAAAUUCCAUUCCUUUAUUAUAGAAUAUAAAAAUGAUUCUUCAAAUGGUGACAUAAAUAAUUGUUAUGCUAUAAGUAAAUUAUGUAAAACUGACAUUGAAAAAAUUGUAAAAAAUUCGUAUUCUCGAGUUUUGUAUAAAUAUGAUAGCAUAAAAUAUUUAUUGUAUUAUAUAAAAAAGCAUACAUUAUCGUUCGAAAAUGUUAAUCUCAAUUUUAUGAAAUUAUUAAGCAAAUAUUUGUAUGUUUCAUUAAACCCAUUGAACUUGCUUAUUUUUGUAUAUUUAAAGAUUUAUAAAAAUGGAACGAAAAAUAGUAAGGAAUUUUUAGAAGACAAUGCGAAACAACAUAAUGACACAAACAUAAUUCAAGAGAAUAAUACAAAUGGGGACAAUUCAUUAGUUGAAAAAAAAGAUAUACAUCAAAUAAAUAAUAAUUUAAACGGAACAAACAAUUAUAUCGAAGAUAGUGAUUUUUUUUGUAACGAAUUAUUUUCCUAUAUGUGUUCAUAUGGAGAAUACAUUAUAAAACGUACAAUAAUAAGUUGUUACAGUGAAAUAUAUAAUAAUCAUAAACAUGUAAAAGGAAAAUUAAAAGUAUAUAAAUGGACAAAAAAUUAUAUUGAAAAUUAUAUAAUAGGUAAAUUAUGUUCACAUUAUUAUUUUCUAAAUGGUCAAGUUAAUAAUGGUAUUAAUAAAUAUAUUUACAAUGCAUAUGCAAAUAAUUUAAAUGAAUAUAUUAAGAAGUAUGAAAUAUUUACAGAAUUUAGUAGUGGUUUUAAAAAUAUUAAUAUGUCAAAUAGAAAGUUUUCAUAUAUAUAUGAAUUAAUUUUAUUUUUAUAUUUUUCAAAAAAAUGCUUAUAUCAUUUAAAUGAUAAUAUUAAUUUUGUCUAUCAACUAUCUCUUUAUGUUUUAUAUAAAUCCAUAAAAAUGAUUAUUACGUAUUUAUAUUUUAAUUUGCCAGAAUAUAUGUGUCAUUAUUUUUUGAAUAUCUAUGUAAUGUUUUUUAAAAAAAAAAAGGGAAAUAUGUCAUAUAUAAUGAAAAAAAUGAAAAAAAAUUACAGAAACAUUAUGAUCCAUGUUAAUAAGCAAAAUAAGUCAUAUAUCAGAGCAAAACUGUGUAAUUCAUUCCUAAAAAAUCGAACUAUCAAUGGUAAUAUUGUCACCAACUUUAGCAAUGAUAAAAAUAAUGAUGAUGAAGAGAUUGGACAAAAGGACACAAACGAAAAUGAAAAUGAAAAUGAAAAUAAAAAUAAAAAUAACAAAAGAUUGGAAGUUAUCAGGAGUAAACUCCAAAGUUCUGAAAAUAAAAGAAUAAAAAAAGCAUUAAGUCUUACAUAUUUUGAUAUAAAUAAUUAUGAUAAAAGAAAAGACAAAAUAGAGGGAUAUCAAUUAAAUAAAUUCUUAAAAUUCCAUUCACAUGGAUCUAUUAUACAACUGAAAUAUAACAAUGAAGAACAACUUCGAAAAAAGGAGAAAGAAAAGAAAAAAAAUAUUUCCCCAAAAAAUGAACAAGAAGAAAAUAGAAUUAUCACAGAAAUUGACAAAUUAGAUAUAAAAACAAAAAAUCAAAUAAAUGGAUUGAUAUAUCCAAAUAAGUUUGAAAUUAUAAAAAGAUAUUCAUUAUUAUAUAAUAUCUAUUACAACAAAAAUUAUGGCACAAUUAAUAAUUCGCUAAAAAAUAUUUCUUUAAAUGUAAAUCAUAAGGGAGAUGAGGAAAAAAAAAAUGAGAAUAAGAACAAAGACACAAAUGAUUCAGCAAAUAAUAAAGGUGUUGUAUACAAAAAUAAAUGUAAUAUAUCUUCUAAAAAUAAAAAUAUUCGUAACCCCAAAGUAGCAAAUACUGUUUUUAAAUCGAUUUUUGGAAACAUUUUUAAGCAAAAUGAAUAUUUUAUAUGUAAUAUAAAUAUGGAUAAUAUAUCCUAUGAAAAUGGUCAAGAUAAAUUAGAUACUUGUGUAGAUGAAAAUCAAAAAAAUAAUAAAAAUGAAGAUACACAAAAAUUACAAAAACAGCUUGAUGAUCCUGUUAAUACCGAUUUAAAUGAUUCCGAAAUUAUUUUAAAUGAAAAAGAAAACAUGGACAUUUCUUUUCCAAAUCAUGUAACUCAAUUUAAUGAUCAAUUAGACGAAAACCAACUAAAAGAGCAAAUUGAUAAUGAACAUGUCGUAAUAAAUGAGAACCAUAACGUAGAAAAAGAAAAUGAAUUAGGAGAUCAAGUGAUAAAAGAGGACAGUGCGCAGGAUGAGCUGAAAAAAGAGGGCAGUGCACAGGAUGAGCUCAAAAAAGAGGGCAGUGCGCAGGAUGAGCUAAAAAAAGAUGUUGUAGAGGAUCCUAUUUUAAUCGACAGUGCUGUGAAAGAAGAUCCAAUAAAGACGCAAGCAAAUACGACAUGCCUCAAUAACAAUGAAAAUAUUAUAAAUGAAAGUAUUAUAAAUGAAAAUAUUAUAAAUGAUAAUAUUAUAAAUGAUAAUAGUUGCAAAAAGGAGAUUGGAAAAGAAAGCAGUGAUCAUAUUGUAAAUCAAAAUAAUGAAGAAAAACAUUUAAAAAGAGUUGCAAAGAAAAGUAUUUAUUACAUGAGUGAAACGAGCAGUUCUGAUGAUUCGACAGAUGAUGAAGAUUAUGUUAUUGGAAAGAAGAAAUCGAAAAAAAAAAAAAGCAAACGGAAAAAGAAAGAUAAAAAAAAUGGAUCUAAAUCAGCCCAAAAGGGAAAAAAGAAAUCAUCUGAAUCCGAAAAAGGAAAAGAAAAGGAAGAUGAAACAAAUAAUAGAAGGAGCAAAAGAUUAAUGAGCACCUCAAAAUGUGUCUAUAAUACUUCUGAUACUUCAAAAGAAGCGAAUCUAAAUAAUUCUAAUACAAAUUCAAAAAUGGAUGAAUCUACAAUAAAAGUACAUGAUAAAAAAGAGAAGGAUGUUAAAGAAACAGACAAAUGUGUGAAGAAAACAAACGAAGUAAAAGAAUCGAAUGAAAAUGAUCAAGAAUUAAAAGAGGAAGAAAAAAUAGAUAAUAACGAAAAAGUGAAUCAAAACAAAUUUGAAACUAGUAAUAAAAAUAGUGAUAUAAAUGAUGAAGAAAAUAAUAAAGAUGAUAAAAUAAAAAAUGUAAUAGAAUUUGAUAGCAUUAUUAGUCAUGAUAAUAAUGAUAUAGAAAGUAGUAAUAAAAAUGUUAUAGAUAGUACAAAUAUAGAAGAAGAUAAUGAUGAAAAAGGUGAAACAAAAGACUCUGAAAAAAAUACGAAGGAAAAUAUUGAUGGAGAUGAAAAAAAUACGAAGGAAAAUAUUGAUGGAGAUGAAAAAAAUACGAAGGAAAAUAUUGAUGGAGAUGAAAAAAAUACGAAGGAAAAUAUUGAUGGAGAUGAAAAAAAUACGAAGGAAAAUAUUGAUGGAGAUGAAAAAAAUACAAAGGAAAAUAUUGAUGGAGAUGAAAAAAAUACAAAGGAAAAUAUUGAUGAAGAUGAGAAAAAUACAAAGGAAAAUAUUGAUGAAGAUGAGAAAAAUACAAAUUCGCUUAAAAUAAAAAAUAGUAAAAAUUUAAUAUUCGAUUUGUCACUUAGUGAUAGUGAACAUGACAUCCUAUUGGUAGAUACAAGAAGUAAUAAAAAGAAAGAUCAAAAUUUUUAUGAAAUAAAAGAAACAAAUAUUUCAAUAUCAGAUGAUGAAAAUGUUAAUAACAAUAAAAAUUCUUCAAUAAAAAUAAACGAUUCUUUAGUUGUUAAUAAAAAUAAAAUUAAAAAUUGUGACGAUGAUGAUAAUAAUGAUAUAGAUAUGAAAAGACGAAAAACAGAAUAUAUACGAUUACAAGGUGAUUAUGAUCUAAUAAAUGAAAAAAAUAUAGAAAUAUAUAAAGAAAAUAAAGAACAAGAAAAGCCGUUUUUAGAUACAUGUGAAGCAUAUUUAAAUGAAAAAGUAGAAGAUAAUAAAAAAAUACAAGUACAAACUAAUGUAAAAUUUAUUGUUAUAUAUUUAUUUGAUCAUUUUAUUGUAGGAGCUAUUAAUUUAAUAAAUCCAUAUAAUAUUGCUGAAAAGGAAAGAUAUAACCAUUUUACACAAAUUCAAUCAAAUAUUAAUGAUAUAAAUUAUACACAAAUAUUUAAAUACAAUUCUAAUAGUAAUCAUAGUAGUGAUACAAUUUUUACAAAUUUUGAAGUUCAAGGAACUUUAAAAAAAAAUACAGAAAUACAUUUAUUAAGUAUAAAAAAUGAAAAACGAGUACUAACUAUUUUAACAAAACAUGGUAAAGGCAUAAAUGGUUGUAUAUAUAAAUGUUUAGUGAAUGGGAAAUUAAUGGCUUGUAAAAUUCAAAAAAAAUUAUAUCUCGCCAAAAAAGAAAUAUACUUUUCUUAUAUAUUAAAAGCAAGGCGAUCUAAUAAAUUGAUCAAGUAUGCAAAGCAUGGAGGCAAGCAUGAUGGCGGUAAAAAUAUUUUUUAUGAAAUUCUUAAGGAGCACGACAGUAGAUAUAUAUUUCCUGACGAAUUGCAUUACAAGGCAGUUGAUCUUCAAAAAGGAAAUAGUAAAUAUACAAAACUUUUACAAUCUUAUUACAGAACUAAUAAUAAUGAAGUUAGUGAUAUCGAAGUUGGAAAUUCUCUGUUACUUAUGAAUACGUUCAAAAAUGUGAAAACGGUAAACGAUAUUAUAAAUUAUUUUAUAAAAAAAAAUUAUAAUUCUAUAAAUGAAGAAUUUAUUUUAUUUAUUGUAUAUCAAAUGGUAAUCGCUGUGUUACAAUUGCAUCUAUUAGAUGUUGUACAUGGAGAUAUUAAAAUAGAUAAUAUUUUAGUAUCAAAAGGUGAUAACCAAAAAAGUGAUGAAAAAGACAAUGAAGAAAAUGAGUCUAACGAUAGCAAGUUUAAGGAAAUGAAUUAUAUGAGAAAUAAAACAGGGCUAAAAAAAGAAACACCUUAUUCAGAUAAAUGUGAUUCUAGAAGUAGUUAUAAUAAUGAAGGAAAAAUUAAAAAAAAAAAAAAUAAAUCUACCGAAUAUUCUCAAAUAAAUGCAGAAAAAAUAAUUGAUUGUUUUUUAAAUUCCGAAUUAAAUAAAGAUAGUGAUAAAUCUUUUUUAAAAAAAAAAUUUCCUGUAAAUUUAUUUUUAGUAGAUAUUGGACGAGGGAUUGAUAUGAAAAAUUUUAAAAAAUAUCUUUUUUAUGGUGAUAAAUAUUGUGAUUGUUAUAAUUUUUUAACAGAUUCAAUAUUUACUUAUCAUAUUGAUUUUAUAGGAAUAGCUCAAGUAGCUAGCUGUUUAUUAUUUUAUAAACAUAUAGGAAAUACAAAAUAUAAAUAUGAAAAUAAAAUAGAAGAUAAAACAACUAUAUCUGUUAACAAUUUUGAUAUAACAUAUAUGACACAUAAUUCACAUUUUCUCAAAACUAACAUUAAUAGAAAUAAUGAUCAUGCAACAAAAAUUAGUAAAAAUAGAUAUAAAGAAUUAGAAAAUUUUAUAAAAAUAAAAGAAAAAAUGUAUAGAGAAAAUGACCAAUUAAAUGAUAAAAAUAAAUCAAACACAUUACUACAUAACAAUUUUAAAUACGAUACUAUUUCGGGAACUAAACUUCGAGAAAAAAAUGACAUUUCUAAUAGUGCUAUUAAAAGAAAGAGAAGUCCUAAUGAUAAUGAAAAUAUUGCUAAUAAAAAAAUAAAUUGUGAAAAUGGAAAUUGCAAAGACAACGAUUUAAAAAAAAAAGACCAAAAUAAUGUAGAAAAUUUGGAUGAUAUUUAUUUCAUGGAUUAUUUUAGAAUUUUUCCAAUAAAUAAAAAAAUAAAUGAAAAAAUUAACAACUAUUUUAAUCAAAUUAAAAAACAAGGAGAUAACUAUUUUGUAGAAAAAGAUGAAAAAAAAAUAAAAAGUUUUUAUGUAAAAUUAUUAUUAAGUAAAAAAAAAUAUGCACAUUUUUGGGAAAUUUUUUUUCAUGUAUUAUUAAAUUUUUGUAAUGUAUAUGAAUUGGAUAAUAUAAAAUAUAAUUCUAAUGACAUUAAUUCAAUAAAUGAAGAACUUGACAUAAUUUCUAACAAAAAAAUUAUUAACAAAGAAAAUAAUUAUUAUUUUGAUUUUGAAAAAAAAAACUGGAAUGAAAUUGACUGUAAAAAGGACAAAUCAUAUGAUACUUUUAAUCAUGAUAAAAAUAAAAAAUAUGAAAAUUCAACUAGCGAUAAUAUUUUAAUUUCUCAAGAUAAUGAAAAUAUCAAAAAUAAACUUAAUAAAAAUACAAAGUUAUUUAAUUUAAAUACAAAAAAAAAUAACAAUGUAAUUGAUAUAUGUACUAAAGACACUACCUCAAAUAAUGAAAAUAGUGAUGUGAAAUCUUCUUUAUGCAAUAUAAUAAAUAAUAUAGGAGACGAAAAUAAAACUAAGAACAAUACAAAGGGUGACACAUAUAGUGAUAAAGCAUCGAACAGUUCAAAAAAUGAUAAAUUGGAUGAGCGAAAUAAAAAACCAAGCGACCAAAAUGGCAUAAAUAAUGACAACAAUAAUAAUGGUAACAAUAAUAGUAGCAGUAAUAAUAAGUACUUUUUUAUACAGAAUUCCAUUUCGAAUCUUAAAGUAAUAAAAAAAACUGUUCAUAACAAUGUUGAAAAAAAUAAUACAAUAAACAAGGCUCAAAAUAAAGUAUACAAUUCUACUGAUAAAGACACCGCAAAUAAUAAAAGGAAAUUUUAUUUUUUUGAAAAUGAACAAAAUAAAAGGAAAUGUAGAAAAUUAAAUAAUAAGAAACUAUACAAUAACCAAAGUGAUAAUAAUGAUACUAAAAAAACGACAAGAUAUAUUAACAAACUUUUAAAAAAAAAAGCUAUAAUUACACUUAUAACCAUAAAAAAUGCUAUUGAAAACAUAUUUGAAAACACAGACUCUCAAGAUAUUUUGCAUAAUGAACUUGAUUUCAUAUCCACUAUUAUCUAA